AAAGAGAAGACAACUUUUCUCGGCAUCAGGAAAGACUACUGGGAUUAUUUCUGUGACUGUUUGGCAAAGUUAAAAGGAGCUAAUGACGGCAUUCGCUUUGUCAAGUCUAUCCCUGAGGUAAUCCUGCACAAGUGCACAAGUGUGACAAACAAUUAAACUCGCAGUCUGAGCUACCGGGUCACUGGAACACCCAUCCCUGAGAUCUACAGGACUAUAACGUCUCAGGCUGUAGUCUAACCAUGUUUUUUUUUUACUGCCUUGCAUGUAAUGAAGUUACUUUAUUAUUAGUGACCAAUGACUUGAGUAUGCCAAUGCAUUGAGGUCUGUUGGGCUGUCAUCCAUUGGAGGUGAGUCAUGGAGGAACAGACAUAAAGAGGACUGUGAGAUGAGGUUGGUGUUGAACUGUUGCUUAAAGAGCUUAUUGUAGGGUGCUGCUUGAAACUCUGCCUGUGUUUGGAAUGAUAUGAGUCUAGACAUAUGCUGUAUGUUAGUUUUGUGCUGAUCUUUCACAAAAGUAUUAGUUUAUUUGAAGUUGUAUGUAGUGUAUGAAAGAUAUAUUUUUUGUAUGCCAAAGAUGCUUGAAUGAUGCUCUAUAGUACAUAGAAGCAUGCACGUAGUGUGUUUUCCACACAGUCACUCUUGGCUAUAAUUUAGAAAAAGAAAGAUUUUAUUGUCUUUUAAGCAAGAAACCAAUAGCAAUGCACAGGAACUCUCUGGAAAUCUCUGGGUCAGGUGAUAUGUGACUGCUGAUGUUGUUUGAGUCAUUGAGGUUAUUAUUUGAGACCGCUAUCUCCAGUACGGCUGCAGAAACAGCUGAAUGGGAGUUGAGAAUGAUGCUUAUUAUAAGGAAAUGACAUUGACAGGAAGAAAUAAACAACAUUGAACAUUGCAAUUGAACUGUCUGUCAGGGUCGUCUGUAAGUGACCAAGUGUGACUGAUCAGCAACUGACAAUAAAUCAACAUUUCGGAAUUAUGGUUUAAAGCUACCUUAACAGCAUGCAAACAUGUUGGAAACACCACUGACAGUCAAGGUGGUUAUAAGCUUGCUAACAUGGUUGGAUAUAUGCUUGUCUUACAUUUUGGUGUGAUGUUCCAUCGCUGGCCACAUACAGCAUGGCUUGGAUGGUUGGUGCAUACAGUGGAUUUAUCUGACCUUCACAUGACCAUAUUCCAUCAACAUGAAUUUCAAGAUGGUAACAGAAGUAGUUGCCUGUAGAAAAAAAGCAUGCCUCAGAAAGUGACAGAUUGUUGCAUUGUGUUAAUUGAUGCUAAUUUGAGCCCUUUGAAGUAUAUGCCACAGGACCUUAAAGACAUGUCAUUAGUUGUUUAUUUUGGAGUGAAAAGUCCCCAUCUGGUGUUGUGUUGAAUUUGGACCCAUGCCUUUAAUCCUGUCCAUCUGUGCUUCUGUGGCGGUUUGUCCCAGUCAGGGGACACAAGGUAUUCCUGACCGAUAAUCUACGGGAUAACAUCAGGUCAGCUUUUGAACCUCAGAACCAAAGGGACACAUCAGAACACAUCACAUCAGUGGGCAAUGGGAGUUGUGGGGCUAACAGGAUUUGACAUAUUUGGUCACUUAGAAAUGUACAGUUCUGAGCAAAAAGCCCUUCCUGACAAAUAUGUUGCGUGUGUGUGUGUGUGUGUGUGUGUGUUUCUGUGGUGUGUUUGUGUUUCCGUCUUCAAGUGUAUGAGAUGCAAAGCCAAACCACAGAGAGUAACCUUUCGGCUGUAGUCAGCUGUAGUGGCCUGUGAGACAGCUUAGCUGAUGCACAGACCUGUGAAGAUGAGACAUGGUGUUUUCUCCUCAGGAGGACACUUUUCAGGCCUCGCAUGUCACACAUAUCUGCUGACACCGAGACCACACUCUAAUGGUUCUCUCUCUUGCUCAAAACUUCGCUGGGAAAGGGUCGAGCCUUCAUCCGCUACUCGUUGGUGCACCAGAGGUUGGCUGAUACCCUGCAGCAAUGUCUGAUGAACCACAAAGUCACCAGUGAGUGGUACUAUGCCCGCAGCCCGUUCCUGAAAUCUCACCUAAGCAUUGACAUCAUCAACCACCUGUACGAGCUGAAUGAGAUCCAGUUUGAUGUGGCUUCCAGAGGUCACGAUCUAGACUCUGAUUGGCCCACAUUUGCCAGGAGGACACUCGGGACAGGUGUCUCCACUUCUCACCUGUGGAGACCACCCAGUCGCUGCUCCAGUGUCAACAGCCUGGUCAGCAACUACUCACAGUCCCUACAGCAGCCUGCUGAGUUCCUCCCUGGGCCCGACUUCAGUCCGUGUCUGCUGGGUGAGCUUAGCGAGCUGGGUAACCUCUCCAGUUGCAGCGCAGCCGACGACCUGCGCGUGGAGCUCGACCAGUCGGAGCUGCGGCAGCAGGAGCUCCUCGAGCGUGUGCGCCUGCUCACCAAGGAGGCCGGCGACCUGCGAUUGGUCAUCUGCAACCUCGAGGGCCAGUUGUCUUCCACAGAGAGCGCCGGGCAGAAGAAGAAGCAGCAGCAGUGUGCAGCAGGCGUGGUCAGCGGUCGGCAGGAGGUCGCACACAACCAGCAAGCGGAGGAGACGAAGGCCAACGGGGAGUUUGUGAACCACGUCGUCCAGGCCGACGCGCCACCAGAGGUCCUCGGCGUCAGGGAGGCGUCCGAGAGCGACUUGCAGGCCAAGCUGAGCGUCGCCGAGAAGAGAAACAUGGAACUCCUGGCCAAACUGGACGGGGCGCUGACCGAGAAGAGCCAGCAGGCGGCCAGCUACUGCGACUCGGCCUGGAAGAUCCAGGAGCUGCUGGCCAAGCUGAAGGAGGCCGAGGCCGAGCGGCUGGAGGCCCGCCAGCGGCACGAGGAGCUGGGGCAGCGUGCCGAGCUCCUGGCCCAGGAGCUGCGCCUGCGCGAGCAGAGCCUGCGCGAGAGCGGCGAGCGGCUGGCGGCGGCUGAGGAGGAGCGCGCCGGCUUGCUGCGGCAGGCCGAGGAGCUGCGGGCGGCAGUGGGCCGCCUCCAGGGGGCGCUGUCGCUGAAGGAGCGCGAGACAGGGAACCUGCGCACGCAGCUGCAGGACCUGCAGGGGGCGCUGGAGACGCGCGAGCGGCAGGCCGAGGACCGCGAGGCACUGCAGCAGAGGAACCAGAGCCUGAAGGAGGAGCAGGUCAAAAGUCGCGAUGCCCAGACGGAGACGGCCAGCGCGGGGCCCAAAAAGGACCCGACGGCUAAGAAAGUGGAGGACUACAAGGCCCAGUGCACCACGCUGAUGGAGCUCAACGCCAAGCUGCUGCAGACGGUCAAGCGGAACGAGGAGAGCACGCGCGAGCUGGCCCAGGCCCGGCAGGCGGCAGAGCGCGAGCUGGCCGCGCUGCGCGUCUCCGAGGCGCAGCUCCGCACUCGGCUGGAGGAGGCCCAGCUGCCCCUGGAGGAGUGCGAGAGGAGGCUGCUGGAGGAGAACCGGCGGCUGGAGGAGAGCGCCCAGCAGGCCCUGGCCCGGGCGGAGGAGGCCGAGGAGGAGGCGCGGAAGCUGGAGAGGGAGCGGGAGGAGCGGAGGGAGGAGCAUGCCGAGGCUAGGGAGCGGCUGGCGUCGGCGCGAGAGGAGCUGAGCGCGCUCACAGCUCGGACCGCCAAGCUGGAGGAGAGACGGGCCACCUCCGAGGAGAAGCAGGAGGAGCUGCGGAGGCAGCUGGAGGAGGCCGAGAGCAGGAGCAGGAGCGGCGAGGAGGGGGAGGGAGAGCUAGGAGCGUCCGGCCAUGCGGUGGUGUCCAGGCUGGCCCUGGCGGAGGCCCAGCGGGAGCUGCAGUCGCGGGAGGUGCUGCGUCUGCAGGAGGAGGCCUCGGGGCUGCGCGCCCAGCUGCAGCAGAGCACCGAGGAGCGGCUCAAGACGCAGGCGCUGCAGGAGGUGACCGAGGCCUCGCGCGAGGACCUGCGUGCCCAGGCCCAGCAGCUCAAGGCGCAGGUGGAGGAGAUGAACCGCCGGCACGUGGACGAGCUGCUGCGGGGCCGCGAGCGCGAGGAGGCCCUGGCCGGCGAGAGGGACCGCGAGGCGCGCGAACGGGCAGCGGCAACUUCGGAGGCGGCGGCGCUGCGCGAGGAGCACGGCGUGCUCAAACGGCGACUCGACGCGCUGGCCGUGGAGAACGCGGAGGCGCGCGAGGCCCUGCACCGCGCCAACACCGAGACGGCCGAGCUGGGCGUGCACGUGUGCGCGCUGACUGGACAGAACGAGGAGGCGCGCCGGCGCUGGGAGGCGCUCUCCGAACGUCUCCGGCAGAUGGAGGAGGAGGCGGCCGCAGAGGCGUGCAGACUCAACACGAGCCUGAAGACCCUCCGGGAGGAGAACAGCAGGCUGCAGGAGGAGCUCAGGCAGGCUCAGCCGCUCCCCGCCAGUCUGCAGGAGGCGCAGGGCAGCCUGGAGGAGACGCGGGGGAGGCUCCGGAGUCUGCAGGAGGAGAGUCAGCGGGAGAUCCAGGACCUCAAGCUCCAACUGAGCAGCAGCGGCGUGCAGCACGAAGCCAGGCUCCAGUGCGCCACAGAGGAGCUUGAGGGUGUGAGGACACAACUGGUGGCCGCGCAACAGCAGAUUUCAGUUCUCCAAACUAAGCUGAAGGAAGUGGAGACCGUAUCUCUGAACAGCGGCCAGUCAUUUGAGGUCGCAAACACCCACGUUGCCAACAGUGUUGUUCUUCAGAAAGAGGAAGAAGUGAGGAAACUGAAAGGAGAUGUAUCCAAAGCGGAGGAGCAGCUGGCGUUGGCCCAGAAGGCCUGUCAGGACCUGAGUGAGAGCCUGCGCCGCACUACCGUGGAGAAGCAGACGAGCGAUCUGAAGACGUCGGCCGAGAUCGACGACCUGUACCGCACCAAGAGGAACCUGGAGGAGAGGCUCAUCGAGCUCAUCAGGGAUAAAGAUGCACUGUGGCAGAAGUCGGAUGCGUUGGAGUUUGAGCAGAAGCUGCGUGAGGAGGAGCAGACGGACCGUGAGCAGAGCCACUGCCUGGGCUGCCACAGCCAGUUCAGCUGGUGGCUCCGCAAGCACAACUGCAGGCUGUGUGGACGGGCCUUCUGCUACUACUGCUGCAGCAACACGGUGAGCACGCAGCAGGGAGGGACGCGCGAGCGCUGCUGCAAGGACUGCUACACGCAGCACAGCGCCGUGGUGGAGCGCCACCCGCAGGAGGAGCUGGGCACGCCGCCCUACCCGCCCUUCAACCCCCUCACGCCCCCCAGCUCCGCCGGGCCCAGUGUCAGAGUGGCCGAGCCGCCCCCCAGGGCACCCGAUGACGGUGUGUUUGACAUUAUCACGGAGGAGGAGGUGAACUGCAUCUAUGAUGGCGACUCACUCUCCUACACCACUGCCUGCUCUCCCGGGACUGGACGACAGGAGGCAGAAAAGUUGAACAGCAGCACCAGUGCCGAUGACGCCACAACUGAGGAACCAGAAGAGAUUAUCGCCACUGUGCAGGACGCUGAGCUGUGCCUGCUCAAGUCUGGAGAGCUCACACUGUCAGUGCCCUUUGGUGUGGAUGAGAUCGCCCAGUUUGGAGACGAGUUUCGGGAGCUGUUCGUGAAGUCCAGCUGCUACAGUAUCAUCCCCAUUGCUGUGGGUAGUGCCGGUCCCACUAUCAGCUGGGUGUUCUCCUCCGAGCCCAAGAGAAUCUCUUUCAGCAUGGUGUACAGAGACAACACUGACAUCCCCCUGGAGCAGGGCAAGGUGAUGAUCCCUUUGACGAGAUGCAACUCUCACAAGGAGACCAUCCAGGGGCAGCUGAAGGUGCGAAGUCCUGGCGAGUACACCCUGAUCUUUGACAACUCCUUCUCUAGGUUCAUCUCAAAGAAAGUGCUUUAUCGCCUGUCUGUGGAGAAACCAGUGGUGUACGACGGCAGCGACUGUCCUUAAACACGCACACAGAACCCUCAACCUCCAGAUGUGUCCGUAUGCAUGUUUGUGCGUGUACGACAGUCAUACAGACAGACAGAUGGCAGCGGGUCUGGGAGCUGCUGCCUUCGGGUUUGUGUGGCACCUGCCAAGACAAAGAAGAAGAAGAAUGUGUGUUACUGUAGCGAAUUCAGUAGUGGCCAGAGGAUGGCUUUCAGGGUAGAACUCUCCAGAACAGCAGAAUGUUCUCCUGUGGAACCUCCCUGUCUAGAACCCAAAGAAUAGAGCAGUAACCCAAAGCCACAUGUGCAUACGGUACUUGGGGGAAAAGGUGUAGUCUUGACAGAUGAUCAUUAUUACUAUAGAAAGCUCUCCUAUAUUUAUCUCUUUUCGAGAGUCUGUUUCAUAGGAAAUCUGCUAAGUUUGGAAUGAUGUGUUACAUAGUUUGUAUUUUUGGUGAAAUAGUUUGUUUUUAAAGGUCAGGUUGUGUCAAAAGAUAUAUAAAGGAACUGAAGUACACAACAUAAUAGAUAAACUUAUCUAUGAUAUGAUAUUGCACAAAACUGUUUUUCUAAAAACAAAAAAGUUGAAUUUUUUUUUUAAUUUCCACUGACAGCUUGAAGCCUUUUGCAGAGAACACAAUUUUUGUCUUAUUGUAGGAAUGUUUCAAGAUUGAUUCUUACCAAGUCAGCCUUGACUGUCAAAUAUUUAUACUGACUUAUGAAAUGCCAACUCUUAACUUUCAUACUUGAUGGCGAAAGUUUAGGAAACCAAUGUGAAGGACUGUUUCAACUGAACGCUUGAAUUGCAUAGCAUGUCAAAACUAUGUAAACAAGAUAAGCUAUUCCUUGUGGUGACUGGAAAUAAUGCAUGUAUGCAUUGUGGCUGUCAUCUCUCAAACGGUAUUGUGUAAUAACAUAAAGGUCAGUUAAAGGUAAAUUAUUCUGUACUGAUAAAUCAUUUUAAUAGGCUAAGCAAGGUUAGAAGAGUGAGUGUAUGUAUCAGUACCCUUAUUACCCUCUCAGAGAGCUGACAGAAGCCUUCUCUCAGAUUGGACUGGACUCCGCCAGACCUGCGCCAGGUGACCACACAUCUCCGUUCUGGUGGCUCUCACGUAGCUGAUGGAGACUGAUGGCUGUGUUCCGUACUCCCUUGAAACAUGACCAUCCUAAC